CUCGCACAGCAGUCGCUCCCUCUAAAGAGAUGAAGGCAGGAGGAGCAGGUGGAGGUGGAGGCCGAUGUGGAGGAAGUCAGGGAGGAGCUCGGCUGAGGAGCAGCAGUGAUGGAAGCAGAUACAGCAGGAGAGGAGUUGGCCUCUCUGCUAACUCCUCCUCCUCUCCAGUGCUCUCCAACCCCAAAUCAGUCCUAAAGAGACCAGUGAGCACAGAGGAGCUGCAAACACCAGGAGGACCUUACAUGAAGAAAACAUUCACAAUUGUGGGCGAUGCGGUCGGCUGGGGGUUCGUGGUCAGAGGAAACCGGCCGUGUCACAUUCAGGCUGUGGAGCCCUGUGGACCUGCUGCUGCUGCAGGGAUGAAGGUUUGUCAGUUUGUGGUUUCGGUCAACGGUCUCAAUGUUCUGAAUAUGGACUACCGGACCGUGAGCCACCUAAUCCUAACGGGCCCCCGAACCGUGGUGAUGGAGGUAAUGGAGGAGAACCCGAACACGAACCACUGA